UUCACCACGUUUUCAGUACGCGGUUGGAGGCCGUAGGAGUAAUCUGUUAGCUUGGGAGCUCUCAACUAUUCUUUACUCGUUUCGCUAAGACUAGAAUAUAUUCUUGGUUAUUUUAACUGUCGCUCAGUAACCCCCUAAAGGGGAGAUGGAUUGAAGAGUUGAGGUAACAUGCAGUGAGAAUAACUGCAUGAGAUAACGCUGUGUCACCUCUCCAUCGAGGCAGAAAGAGAGAGAGAGAGAGAAAGAAAGAGAAAAGAGCACAAAAUGUCUUUCUCCACCCAAGGCAAACCUUUGUCAUCUUGGAAGCGCCUGAUUCUGGUCUUGAUUCAAGGUUGUAUUCUGGUUUCCUCCUUCCCAGCUCUCUACUCUUUACCACAUUAUCAUCUGACGUCACCCUGGCUGAAGCCCAAAAUCAGCGCAGAAGCGCUGGAACUCCAGCAGUCCAUCGCUCGCGUGGACGAGACGCUCAACCGCUCUAAUGACUAUGGAAGCAUCAUGCUGGAAUCUGGGGAAGAAGAUGACCAGCUCUCCAGAUUACUCUUCAAAAUACAAAACACUGAGGUGUGGCAGGAUAUGCAGAGCUGGGAGAGAAAGAGGACUGGGAGGCCACACAACUACUUGGAGGAAACUCGAGCCGCCAUAUGAGGAGAGCAUGGAGGGCAUAUUAAAUACAGGCAUAAGUCUACCAUCAGCACCUAAAGACAGUCUAAAGAAAUCCUGAGCAGCACAUAGGCCUAAUUCCAAGUCAGGAAAAACAUGGAACAGGAAAAAAAAAUAAUCCCGAGGACUCAAGAAAACACGAAAAAAGGACACGAAAGAAUCACGAAUAUACAGCCAUAGAAACGACGUCCUGAGCACCACAUAGGCCUAAUUCUAAGUCAGGAAAAACAUGGAACAAGAAAGCAACCAAAGGAGUCUUGAAAACGCACAAAAAAGGACGAAAUAAUCAAGAAUCUCCAGUCACAGAAACUACAGACAUAAUAAAACCUUAAGCAACAUAGGCCUCGGGUUACGAAGCUCUAAACAACAUAUGAGAAAGAAGAGUUGAUCGCCAUGUUAUGAAGACUGAACCAAAUCUGUUUUAGGAGAUUCAUUAUAAACUAACAUUGCCAGUUCAUAAUUACUGUGACAUAACACAACACCAAUUACAUAUUUGAAACUUGUAAAAACAGUAUUUUAAAUCCAGAUGACACCAUAAUAUUCCACAACAAUAUAUGCAUCGUGCACUCAUUCAGAUGCUUAGCAAUACGUAAAGCUUGUGUUAUGUAGCCUUGCAGUUUUAUAGCAGUUUCUUCAUCAUGCGCUCAUUUCAAUUACAGUAACAAUGCUUCUGUUAGUCGUGCUACAAUAUUUAUAUUCUCAGCAGAUGCAAACAUUGUUAGCUUUAUCCUUUUUUAUGUGACAAAACAAUAGUUCAAGAUAUUCAUAAUUUUGUAACAAAAAAGACGGUAGCGUUGCAAUUGAUCUCCUCUCCCGUCUCUGCUACUUAGAACUCUCUCUCUCUCUCUCUCUCUCUCUCUCUCUCUCUCU